GACUGAUGCCAAUGUGGUGUGUUUACGGGCGUAAGAAAGGGCAGUCUUUACCUAAUGAGCUUUCCUUCUCUCUCUCCCUCCUCCAUUUUCAUCCUGUCUCUGCCAAAAAAAAAGACAUGAUUUUAUCAUGUUAAUUCCCUUGUUAGCAAGAUAAUGAGGUUUGGCAGGUGGCCGAUAGAAACUUGUCUAAGACAUUUUCAUUUACAGUCUCUUCCCUGCCACUCAGAAGUAGGAGGGAGUUCAUGUGCCCAGAAAGCAGGCCGGGGUCUCGGGGGCCUGGGAGAUGUUGGAGAUUUGUCCUCGGAUGCCAGUGGGCGGGAACACCGAAGCGAGUGUGCCCCAAGCCAACCAGUUGCAAAUGGGUGACAGUUUCGUGUAGAAACCCGUGGCUCUCUGCUUCUCUUCAGACCAGGAGAACCCUGGCAAGAUGCAGCUGCCCUACCCUUUUAGACACUCUGCCCUCUCUCACCUUUCCCUCCCCCAGGGCCCCUCACUUAACCCCAGAUGGAAGCUCGGGCUGCAGGCCCUGACUGAUCACGUCGUCUGGCAGGUGGAGAACAGACAGGCCCUAGAUGGCGGCUGACGCCAGGUGGGCUCUUGUCCCGCGGCUCGCCUUGCACACCGUCUUUUCUUCGGUCAUGUCCUUUAUUCUCCCUUCCCCAAACUUGGUGUUAGCAGCCUUCUUCCAGGUCUCCCGUCCAACCCCAAAGCACUAUCUUGCCCUGAGUAAGAGGCAGAGAGAAGGUGGCCUUGCGACUUUGGGGGUGGGAUUGAGACCAGAACCCAAGUUAGAACUGGCUCCCAGAAAUCCAGAUCAGUAAAUGCUGCUAAAAUGCGCCCUGUGCGAGUCUGCUGGGAAUGGGGUGGGGCAUGUGUUGGAUGGGGCGGGAUCUGCUCCGUGGAUACUGGAGACAGGCUUGCGAGGAAAGAGAAGAAACCAUAUGGGGGAAGGAUUUUGAGAGCUGUGCCAAGCCUCACAGGGAAUCUCACCCGGGAUGUGCUCUAGGUCAGUGGGGUCUUUGCACUCGCCCCUCCUGCGUUAAUGUGCCGGAGCUGUGUGACAGAAUGCCACAGGCCGCGUGUCGGAAACAACAGAAAUGUAUCUUCUCCCAGUUCUAAAGGCUGGAAGUCCGGCGUCAGGAUGUUGACAGAAAUCUUCCCGGAAGCAGUGUGAGGAAAGCAGAAGCCGCCGCCCUCCCUGGCCUGGCGAAGCCACCCGCCACCAUGCCCAAGAGAAAGGCAAAAGGCGAUGCUAAAGGUGACAAAGCCAAGGUGAAGGGUGAGCCGCAGAGGAGAUCCGCGCGGCUGUCUGCCAAACCCGCUCCCCCAAAACCGGAAGCCAGGCCUCCCAAGGCCGCUGCCAGGAAGGCCGAGAAGCGGCCCAAGGGGAGAAAGGGGAAAGCAGAGGGCGACAGGGUUGGGGACAAGGCCGGGGACAAGGCCGGGAAGAACCCGGACGCUUCCACGGCCCCGUCACAGAAAGCAGAAGGCAGCGGGGAUGCCAAAUGAAAUGUACUUUUUUCCUAACUCACCUUCUAGUGACUCUGCUGUUCGAGAUACUGUCUGUCUUCAAUCAACUUUUAUAAAAGUGUAGAACUUGGGCUCUUAUUUCCGACUUCCGCCGUUGGCAUACAAGACGCAUUGUUGUUGUCCCCCGUGGAAAGCGCAAAUCCCGCUGACAGAAUGUCUCCGGGGCCCGAUUGAAAUGGGGGGAGAUGGCGCCUGUGUCCUCACUGUUGAAGAUUAUUCUUGGUUCCCGGGAGGGGUCUCGUGUCAGCCCCCCGGGCUCAGAAGCCUUCCGGCAUGGAGAAGCAAAACCUCAUGGCUUCUCUCCUGAGGCGAGCAGCAUGCACUGGCCUUCCUGGAAUAGUCAUGACGCGGCCUUGGCACCCCCAGCCUCCUGUCGGGUGAUCACACUCAGGCCUUCUGGCCAUAGCAUCAAGAUGGCGUUGCCCCAAAGAGCCAGGAUUCCUGUGUGUAGUUGGCGGGCGAUCCCAGUGGCCAUCCUGGACUUUUUAGCUCCUCUCCCUCACGUCAGAGUUGACCCGUGAGAAGAUCUCACGUACCUCAUGCGAAAUAUCCACGCCUCCCGAGAACGUCACCUUUUCGGAAGAGCAACAGAAGACUGUUGACUUGGGGGGGGGCGGGGGGGGGGGAGUUUGAAUGUUGUCGGGUGUUGUGUGGGUUGAUUGUCACCCGUGUCCUCCUGGAAGUGGCUGGUCCUGAAAAGUAUCUUAUAAAAGCUGAAUACAUAUUAGCCUGGUGGGAGGGGGAUCAUUUCCUACCCACAGCCCUAGAGAUCUUCUUUACUGCACCUUAAACAUGGUUUUACGUUUCACACUUGUCCGCAGUCUUCUCUGCACUGAUCAGCGUGCCAAGUACGAGAUAGAAGUUCAAUAUAAUGUUUUGUCCAGGUGGAUAAGCAGUGGUCGUCGCUGCACCAUUUUCUGAAGAGUUCAUUCCUUCCCGUGGAUCCGGAACACCAGCUCUUUCGAAAAUGGAGUCUCUUGGGGGUGGGUGGGUGUGGGGCAGGGCGGGUGUGGAUUCUCUUCUGACUCACUGGUCAGUCUGCCCAACCCCACGGCAGUGCAAUAUAGUCCUGAGCACUACAGCUUUUAGAAAGAGGUCUUGGUAUCUCAGGACAAAUCUCACCUCCACCUCCAAAAUAAAAUCUCCACCAAACUUGUCUUCUUCGGGAGCAUCGUGGCCAUUCUCAGCCGUUUGCUAACGGCUUUUAGAAUUAGAUUUGCUACAACUUUUAGAAUUAGAUUGAUCAGGCCUUUUAUUUUUAAAUGUUUUUUAAUGUUUAUUCAUUUUUGAGAGACAGAGAGAGACAGAGUGUGCGUAGGGGAGGGGCAGAGAGAGAGGGAGACACAGAAUCCCAAGCAGGCUCCAGGCUCUGAGCUGUCAGCACAGAGCCUGAUGUGUGGCUCGAACUCACGAAUCGCGAGAUCGUGACCUCAGCCGACGUCGGACGCUUAGCCGACUGAGCCACCCAGGCGCCCCUAGAUUGACCAGUUCUAAAACAAAACAAAAAUGCUGGAAUUUUUAUUGGAUUUGUAUUGAAUUCAUAGACUAAUUACAAUGUUGAGUCUUCCCUUGAACAUGAUGUAGCUCUUCAUUUAUUUAACCUUUUUAAGUGUCUUUCAAUAAAGUUUUAUAAUUUUCUCCAUAAA